AUGAAAAUCGAGUCGCAAGUUUCUCAAUUCACACUCCUUGCCUCCACAAAAAAAGGCAAUAAGCCCGACUUCCAUGGCGCAGCCGGCGGCGAAAAGGCAAAGGAACUCUACGAUUGCUUCUUCACCAAAAUACAGGAACUCUACGACACCAGCAAGGUCAAGAAUGGGGUUUUCCAAGCAAUGAUGGAAGUGAACCUCCAAAAUUCUGGGCCAGUGACCCUCGAGAUUGAGACGACCCCGCCCAAGAUUUCAGGAGAGCAAGCUAGAACUUCCGAGAUGAAGGACAAGGUGGACAAUCCUGAUUUACUAUCUGGGCUGGUCGAAUAG